CAGUCGAAUCAAAAUUUCCGCGCCAAAACAACAUUUCAGACCACCACAAAGCCUGUUGUACGCGCGCCAGCAUCUUUCUAUUCAUUUUUAUACUUGGAAGAAGUUGAAAGCGCAUUUGGUUCUCUUGAAAAUGUCGACCAAAACCCGAGAUUAUGACGCCGACAAAGAAAAACUGAAACAGUUUCUCAAGGAAUUUUGUACCCAAGAUGAUGAAGGAAGAAAGCAGUUUAAGUACGCAACACAACUCACUAAUUUGGCUCACCGAGAACAAGUGUCCCUCACUAUUGAUCUGGAUGAUCUUGAAGAUUUUGACUCUGACUUGGCAGCUUCUGUAAUUGACAACACCCGGCGCUACUCUCAACUUGUUGGUGAUGUUGUAUCAGAGCUGCUUCCCUUGUUCAAGGAGAAGGAAAUUGCUGACAAGGAUACGUUGGAUGUGUACAUUGAACACCGCAUUCUUAUGGAGCAGCGUAAUAGACGUCCUGGGGAACAACGCAAUCCUCAAAAUAAGUACCCUCCUGAACUCAUGCGAAGAUUUGAAAUUUACUUUAAAGAACCAUCCAGUAUGAAAUGCACUCCAGUCCGAAUGGUAAAAGCUGAGCAUAUUGGUAAACUUGUAUCAGUCCGUGGUAUUGUGACUCGCUGCACUGAAGUGAAACCCAUGAUGCAAGUAGCAACAUAUACCUGCGACCAAUGUGGUGCUGAAACUUACCAGCCAGUUGGUUCUCUUUCCUUCAUGCCAGAGCAAAUGUGUCCAAGUGAUGACUGCAGAGUUAAUAAAGCUGGUGGAAGACUGUACUUACAGACACGUGGUUCCAAGUUUAUCAAAUUUCAGGAACUCAAAAUCCAAGAACAUAGUGAUCAAGUUCCUGUUGGCAAUAUACCCAGAAGUUUAACAGUUUUCUGUCGUGGAGAGAUAACUAGGCAGGCCAUUCCUGGUGACCAUGUUGCCAUCACAGGUGUGUUCUUGCCACUGCUAAAGUCAGGUUUCCGUCAAAUAGCUCAAGGCCUGUUGUCAGAAACCUACCUAGAAGCUCACAAAGUGGCAAUUGUAAACAAAAGCCAAGAUGAAAUUGAUCAGCCUGGUGAGAUGACUGAAGAGGAAGUUCAGAAACUUAUUGAUGAAGACUUUUAUACCAAGUUAGCCACUAGCAUUGCUCCUGAAAUCUAUGGUCAUGAAGAUGUUAAAAAAGCUCUUCUAUUACUUUUGGUUGGUGGUGUUGAUAGACGCCCAGAUGGCAUGAAGAUCAGAGGGUCAAUCAACAUCUGUUUGAUGGGUGAUCCUGGUGUGGCUAAAUCUCAACUUCUGUCAUACAUUGAUCGUCUGGCUCCAAGAAGUCAAUACACAACUGGAAGAGGUUCAUCAGGUGUUGGUCUCACCGCUGCAGUAAUGAAAGAUCCUUUGACUGGUGAAAUGAUGCUGGAGGGCGGAGCUCUAGUUCUUGCUGAUCAAGGUAUUUGUUGUAUUGACGAGUUUGAUAAAAUGGCUGAUGCAGACAGAACUGCUAUCCAUGAAGUGAUGGAACAGCAGACUAUAUCAAUUGCAAAGGCUGGUAUUAUGACCACACUCAAUGCCAGAGUAAGCAUUCUAGCUGCAGCAAACCCUGCGUAUGGGCGUUACAAUCCUAAAAGAACAAUUGAGCAGAACAUUCAAUUGCCAGCUGCUUUGCUUUCCCGUUUUGACUUGCUGUGGUUGAUUCAGGAUAAAGCUGACCGUGACAAUGAUUUGAGGCUGGCCCAUCACAUAACAUACGUUCACAGACAUUCCAAGCAGCCUCCAACACACAUUGAACCACUGGAUAUGAGUCUGAUGAGACGUUACAUAGCUUUAUGCAAGAAGAAAGAACCUACUAUUCCUUCUGAUUUGUCAGAUCACAUUGUUGGGUCCUACGUUGAGAUGCGUAAAGAAGCUCGUAAUAGCAAAGAUGUUACGUUUACCUCUGCCAGAAACUUGUUGGCUAUUCUUCGUCUUUCCACUGCUUUGGCUAGACUAAGACUGGCUGAUGUAGUUGUGAAAGAUGAUGUCAAUGAAGCUAUCCGGCUAGUUGAUAUGUCUAAGGAUUCCCUCAACCACACUGAAGAGACCAGACAAAAGACUGUCAGUGUGGUCGAUAAAAUAUAUAAUCUCAUCCGGGAAAUGAAUGAUGGUGGACUUCGCAGUGUUCGUAUGGAUGACAUUAUGGAGCGUUGCAUAAGUAAGGGCUACAAUCAGGACCAAGUUAUGGAAUGUAUUGAUGAGUAUGAAGAGUUGAAUGUGUGGCAGUUGAAUCAAGCCCGAACCACAGUCACUUUUGUCCAGUAAGUUGAUGAAAAGGGUGUUUAUUCCAUAUUAACUCAAAUCAUUAACCCAUCACUUUUAAUUCCACCAACUGAUCAGUUUUACAUUGUGUGCCUUUUAACUAAUAAGUCGUAAUAUAAAAGUAAUUUAUUUGUCAAAUUUUAAAUAAAAUAAAACCAUUGCAUGCA